CGCCUUGAUUGACGUAUGCGUCCACCAAUAAGUGAUCGGUACAGCUGGACAAGCGCGACUGAGACACGUUUUUUUCCUCUCAACGUUUUGGACGAAAAAACGAGCGGCUUUCCGGUGACAUUGGGACCGGGGAACAGCCGUUUGCCCACCGACAGCCAGCUGGUUUUCGGAGCCCUCCCUCCUCCUUUGGACUUGAAGUUCAGCGAACCAGCUGAGAUGAGUGGUCCUGAGUUGGCCAAAACACCAGGAGGCGGCGCACCGGGGAAGGAAGGAAAGGAGCCGGUGGCCAAUGGGCACCCAGGGGAGGGCACCGACGUCAACCCCUUUGCCGAGUACAUGUGGAUGGAGAACGAGGAGGAGUAUAACAGACAGGUGGAGGAGGAGCUGCUGGAGCAGGAGUUCUUGGAGCGCUGCUUCCAGGAAAUGCUGGAAGAGGAGGACCAGGACUGGUUCAUUCCUUCACGCGACCUCAACAACCAGGGGGUGGGCCAGCUGCAGCAGCAGCUCAACGGUCUGUCGGUCAGCGACCACCACAGCAACCUAGAGGAGGUGGCGAGGAAGAGCAUCUUGAAUCCCGAGGCAAAGGAGUUUGUUCCGGGGAAGAAAUACUAGGAGUCGCCCUCACCCCCAUGGAGCUUCCACACGCGCACCAGUCCUCACACGUUAUCAGAGACUCCUGUGGCCACGGCUGCACACACACACUGAUUCCAACGCACACACAUCCACUCUUGAAAUCAGUGGCGUGUUGGCAGGCCCAGUUGGGGGGUGGGGGGGAUUUUUUUCUUUUUUUUUUUUUCCCUUUGAUUUUUUUUAUUUGCUGUUUCUUGUAAAAGGAGGGACGUUGUGAACAGGGGUCGGGGGGGGGGGGGUCAUACCAGCGCUGCCCCAUCACAGGCGCUAGCUUAGCUCAUCAUCGCAUUUCCCGUUGUAUUUCCGCUAACGGAGCACGCAGAUCUCAAGCAAGUUUCUUUGGAACUGUGGCAGCUACCCAGGAGUGAGGACAGUAAUAAACUUCAAAAGUUCAGAUCACAAAAACUUUAUUUUUUAAAGGAGAGAAAUAAAAAAAGAAAAGAAACCGCAUUAUUUUCUAGGCUUUCUACUUUUGGGAACACGAACAUCAGCAAUAGGUCGAAGGCUUCUGUGUCGCAGAGGUUGGAGAAGUACUUGCAUUCCAGGAGACUUGACUGAGUUUCUGCCGCGGCUCUGCGGCGCCAUCUGCCCCCCUCCCCCAACCGCGAGCGCCCAGGUCCUCCGUGUCCUCGGCUCCCUCGCACGUCACAGCUUUUCUGCAUCUAAACAUGGCGGGGUCCCGUAUGUCCACACGCCCCCUGACACCUUUUCAGUCCAGCAGACAGGCAUUUUGUGGCUUAAAAUGAUUCCAGUUUAAGUGGAAACCCAAGUCUAUCUUUGCUUACAGUGUUUAAGAGCAGAGCUUCUAAGUGUUUGAAAUCAUGCUUUGAGUUUGUACAUAACCGAGGUCAGGAGGUUUGGAUCCGUUGGUUUUUCGGACACUUUGGUUCAGAUCCUGCAGCUUUGUUACAGGGUGAAGGAACGCGGCCGCUGCCUCCCUCCGCCUCCAGCACAUCAAAUGUCCGUGUCCAAGUCGACUUUUCGGCCCAAUUUACUCCCAUUGGGCAUCCGGGUGUCCAUCCAGGAGAAACUUCUCACGAUAACAGUAUUUGCUCCUGCAACUCUUUAAUCCUCUUUGAGGAUUUUUCUUUUGUGAUCUGAGUUUUCUGAGGCAUCCGUCUGUUUUUGGUUCAUGUAUCAUUAAAUUGAGAGCAAAUGAGAAGUCAGAAAA